CUUCCUUUAUAUAGUCCAUGCUUUGGUAAUUGUGAUGUAUUUACUUACUUCAUAUAGUCGUUAUAUAGUAUCUCAUAAUUCUAGUAUAUGGUGAACACUAUAUUAUAUAUUCUUUCAUAUUCUCGUUCCAUAUCUUUGUCUGAAAGCAAAUGAUAAACACCAAACAUGUGAUUAAAGCGAAGUGGCUCGUACUCAACACAUGUGAUAACCAACAAGAACAAAACACAUAUAAACUGAAGACAGUUUAUACCCACCAAACAGGUAGAAAUAAAAUCAAAAAAGGUGAUGAACACAAAAAAUAACCCAUUUCAAGUAAUAAACCUAGUUCAGGUGAUAAACUGAGAGCAGGUGAUAAAUGCAGACCCUUAUGUAUGUGAUAAACAAAAAAGCAUAAAAUUGAUACAGGAUUUAUUGGUUUUCUGACAUUUUCACAGGUCCGGCUGUAGUAAAGUCUGGGGAUUGCCCAGCAAGGACAGACAAGGAGGGUUUACUUGGUGCUUGUGCCCCAACUUGCCGAGAUGAUUCAAGCUGUUCAGGGAACCAGAAAUGUUGCUAUCAUGGCUGUGGUCUACGAUGUGUCGACCCAGUUGCUGAGGAGCCAUACCAAAUGAAUGCACCUGAAAAUGUCCGGGGGUUCACUUUAUCAAGUACGACAAUCAUCGUCACAUGGAAAGCUCCUUCCUUGGGACCUGACCAGCGUAUCAGAGAUAAUAGAUACUACACUAUCCGUUACUUUAGUUACGGCUCUGGACAAAACUCAUAUAAAAACACUACAGAUUUAAGAGGGUAUCUGGACGGACUCAGACCUGGCACAGAAUACCAUUUUGCUGUGCGUGUCAAUGAUCCGCCAUACCUGAGUGAGUGGAGCGACUUUGCUAGAAACACAACCACACAACUUGUUGUUGCGAAAACCGGCGAAUGUCCGGUGAUUGACUCGGACACGUUCGGAAUCUGUCAGGAGGAAUGUCAGAAUGAUGCUGAUUGUACCGGAGUUCAGAAAUGUUGUAAUAAUGGAUGUGGAUAUGGAUGCGUUUACCCCCUAGGGUACGAUGUGUGUAGCCUACCAAAGGAUGCAGGAAGUUGUUCAGACUGGGAGGUUCGUUGGUUCUUUAACACGGAGUUACAGAGAUGUGAUCGUUUCUGGUACGGAGGCUGUAAUGAGGGAAAUGGUAACAAUUUCUUGAAUGAUAAAGAAUGUCAGAGACAAUGUACAGAAACACAAAUCACAACACCACCUUCACAGACAGACAGGCCACCAUAUGAUUGCAGACGUUCAGUUUAUCAGUGUUGUUUAGAUGGUUACACAUCACGACGAGAUUCACAAGGAACUAAUUGUCCAGAAUAUGACAGAAAACCAGAAGGUGAAACAGUCGCCAUUCCAGGACAGAGUGUCACAUUGUCAUGUCGCUUUGGUAAUAAUGUCACAUGGUUUAGAGAAGGGUAA